GCAUCGUGAAGAAGAUGAAGAACCAAAUACGACAAGAAAAAGCAACAGUUUCCGAACUUAACUUAAACGUCAGGCACUUGCUGCUGAAAUAUCCAAUUGUAGCGUCAGACAACAGAUGGAGCGCUAGCGAGGAAGAUUUAACGGAUAACUCAAGAGAACAAGAUAUCGAUAGUAAUGAAACAUUAGUAGAAGAUGGAGAGGCAGUUAAUAUUGAUAAUCUUAUUGAGUCAGAUGUUGAAAAUAAUUCGGAAGACGAGGACCAAGAGAAUUCAGAGUUAAAUAUUGAAGACGAAGAUAAGUAG